GAAGCAGAUCCCUAGGACGCGCCGCGGGGCGAAGGACGACUAAGAUCGUGGCGCGCGUUUGUGUGGCGGGUGGAGACUGAGGCCCUUGGACCUGGGAAUCACGUGCGGGUCACCUCGUGACCGCCGUGGUGAGGGGUAAAGGCCCUGUGCUUUGUAUCCUCAGCACCUGGGACGCGAUCUUGUCACUUAGGAAGGGCUGACCCGGAGCCAGUACGAGGGUGAACAAUUUAAAACAGCGGUGUGCACCUUCACGGAGAGCUAAGGAUGGGGAACAACACGCGCGUGACCGCGAUGCUAUUGCGGAUAAGAUAUUGCCAGGGAGGUGGCAAAAUAGUCUUUAUGAGGUUUUAUGAAGAAGCAGGAGGCAGGCACACCUGUAGUUCUAACUAGUCUGGAGGCCGAGGCAUGGAGAUUCCAAAUUUGAGGCCCCAUCAGUGCUCUGUCUCAGAAAGGUUUGAGGGUAAGACUUAGUGACAGAGUGCCCCAGGAUACAAUUCCUAGUACUGGUGGGGGGGGGUGAAAAAAAAAGCUGGGCCUGCCUAGAAAGAUGAUGGAAUGGGGAUUAUUUUGGUGGUAGAAUAGCAUGUUGGGAAGCGCAGAGUGUCCCCAGGAAUGUGGAAAUGAAGACCAUGUCCUCGUAGUAAUACUUGAAUUUUAUUGGCAUGCUGAUCCCAUUUUUAAUGAAGAAUUGUUUUCAGUUACUUUGUACUCACAAGGUCCCAGCAGCUGGCUUUAAAAAUGCAGUAAAGAGUGGACUCAUUUUACAAUCUGUUUCCAGUGAUGUUUAUCAAAACCUAGCUGUAGAAGACUGGAUCCAUGACCAUGUGAAUCUAGAAGGCAAGCCAAUUCUUUUCUUUUGGAGGAAUACUCCCUCUCUCGUGAUCGGGAGACACCAGAAUCCUUGGCAGGAGUGUAACCUGAGUCUGAUGAGAGAAAGAGGCGUGAAACUGGCUCGGAGGCUAAGCGGAGGAGGAGCCGUGUACCAUGACAUGGGCAAUAUCAAUCUCACCUUCUUUACAACCAGGACCAAGUACGAUAGAAUGGAAAACCUCAAAUUGAUAGUGAGAGCUCUAAAUGCUAUCCAACCCCAGCUGGAUGUGCAGGCUACGAAAAGAUUUGACCUGUUACUCGACGGGCAGUUUAAAAUCUCAGGAACAGCUGCGAAGAUUGGCAGGACUACUGCCUAUCACCACUGUACCUUGUUAUGUAGUACUGACAGGACCUCUUUGUCAUCUUUGCUGAAGAGCCCGUACCAAGGGAUCAAGAGCAAUGCCACUCAGAGCAUACCUGCCAUGGUAAAGAACCUUCUGGAAAAAGAUCCCACUCUGACCUGCGAAGGACUGAUCAAUGCCAUUGCUGCAGAGUAUGCUGCUCAUCAUCAGAUUGAUCAUCACAUCACCUUCAUCAACCCGACUGAUGAGACACUGUUUCCUGGGAUAAACAGCAGAGCCAAAGAACUACAAACUUGGGAGUGGAUAUACGGCAGGACGCCCAAGUUUAGCAUCAGCACUGCCUUUAAUGUGUUAGGUGAGCAGACACCUCUGGAGAUCAAAGUGUUUCUAGACAUAAAGAAUGGAAGAAUCGAAAUCUGCAGAAUCGAAGCACCUUAUCAUUGGCUACCACUGGAAAUCUAUGAGAAGUUAAAUUCAGGUCUGACGGGCAGCAAGUUUUGCCCAGUUGAAACCACCAUGAUAACACAUAUGUUACUCAGGACGUGUCCCGAAGACCAAGAGCUACAUAGUAAAUGGAAUGUUCUCUGUGAGAAAAUUAAAGGAAUAAUGUGAUGCCAA